CGGGGCUCUGGCGGGAUGCCAGAAGGGCCAUCUGUGAGGAAAUUUCACCACCUCGUCUCCCCCUUUGUGGGCCAGCAGGUGGUCAAGACAGGGGGCAGUAGUCAGAAGCUACACCCUGCAACUCUUCAGUCUCUGUGGCUCCAGGAUGCCCAGGUGCAUGGAAAGAAAUUAUUCCUUCGAUUUGAUCCAGAUGAACAAAUGGGGUCGCCUGGCAGCCACUCACUGCCAGAGUUUUUACAGCAAGGAGCUCAGAAGGAAGAGGAUGUGGACCCAGAGCUGACCUUGGGGUCCAACAGUCAGAAAAUCUCUGCUGGCUCCACCCCAUCCACAAAGUCUGAUCCCAGUGGAUUCAGUGCCCCUGAGUAUCUGGGAGACAGCCCUACAGCAGGUGGCCGGAGGUGGCUGCAGGUCAAGUUUGGUUUGUUUGGCAGUGUCUGGGUGAACAACUUCUCUAGAGCGAAGAAAGCCAACAAGAGAGGUGACUGGAAGGACCCUGUGCCCAGGUUGGUCCUGCACUUUGGUGGUGGUGGCUUCCUGGCAUUUUAUAAUUGCCAGAUGUCUUGGAGCCCUUCCCCAGUCGUGGAGCCCACCUGUGACAUCUUGUCUAAGGAGUUCCAUCGAGGACAAGCCAUGGAGGCUCUGCGCCAGGCUCAGCCUGUGUGCUACACGCUGUUGGACCAGAGAUAUUUCUCAGGCUUAGGGAACAUCAUUAAGAACGAAGCCUUGUACAGAGCUGGGAUCCAUCCCCUCUCUCUCGGUUCACUCCUGAGUUCUUUGAAGUUGGAGGCCCUCGUGAAUCACGUUCUGGAGUUCAGUACAGACUGGCUUCAGGGCAAGUUUCUGGGCAAGCAGUGUCACACACAGAUCUAUCAGAAGGAACAGUGUCCUGCUGGACACCAGGUCCUGAAGGAGGCAUUUGGGCCCCCAGAUGGGUUCCAGAGGCUCACCUGGUGGUGCCCACAGUGCCAACCCCUGCUGCUACCCAAAGGGCCGCAGGAGCUCCAGGGCUCCUAAGGCAUUCAGGCACUUCAUAGUACUUGCCUUUGGGGACCAAGAUGCCUAUGUGUCCAGAACAGAUGGCACAGAGGAUAGUGUGAGUCGAAAGGUGCUGUAUUGUUAAUAUUCAUGUCACUGGAGUUAUGUCUAAAGACAGCUUUUUGUUGAAGUAGACUUUCCCUUUUCUAGUUCAGUUAAUUCUUUUGUUUGUUUGGUGGAACCAGGGUGUGAACUCAGGGCUUCACACUUGCAAAGCAGGCACUCUGCUGCUUGAGCCACACUUCUAGUACAUUU